UCCAUCAUAUUAGCUGGUAUUGCUUUUGCAUCAUAUUGUAGAAAUAUUACGAUUUUUCAGGAGCAGGUUCUUAAUGACGCCAUUGACCAAUGACAUGUUGUUUGUGUAAAGGAAUGAUCUAAUCCAUGAUCAAACAAAAAUUAGACAAUACAAUAACUUUAACCUGUAAUUAGCCGGCCAGAUCUAAACUCAUAAACAGAAGUCAAGUCCUCAUCUCUCACUUCAGUAUCAAUCAGGGAAGAAAUUAAGAAGAAGAAGAAGCAGAAUGGCUGAGGAGCAAAGAGUCCAAAUUCCAAGAGUGAAACUUGGAAAAGAAGGAUUUGAGGUUUACAAGUUGGGAUUUGGGUGUAUGGGACUUAGUGGAAUCUAUAAUGUGCCAGUUUCUGAAGAGUUUGGCAUAUCAAUGAUCAAGUACGCAUUUGACAGAGGAAUAACAUUCUUCGAUACAUCAGAUGUUUAUGGACCACAUGCUAAUGAAGUUUUGAUCAGAAAGGCAUUGAAGCAGCUACCUCGAGAUAAGGUUCAGGUGGCUACAAAGUUUGGAAUUGUAAAGGCUGAGCCUGAGAAAGUUAUAAUUAAUGGCACUCCUGAGUAUGUCCGCUCCUGCUGCGAGGCUAGCCUGAAGCGGCUUGAUGUGGACUACAUUGAUCUUUACUAUCAGCACCGGAUAGAUACAUCAGUCCCCAUAGAGGAUACCAUGGAGGAACUACAGAAGCUGGUGAAAGAGGGGAAAAUAAAGUACAUUAGAUUAUCUGAAGCUAGCCCAGACACAAUAAGGAGGGCACAUGCAGUUCAUCCUAUCGCUGCAGUCCAAAUGGAGUGGUCUCUUUGGACUCGCGACAUUGAGGAACAAAUCGUCCCACUUUGCAGGGAACUUGGAAUCGGGAUAGUGCCAUACAGCCCUCUAGGUCAAGGAUUUUUUGGUGGCAGGGCAGUUGUGGAAGCUAUACCAUCAAGUAGUAUUGUGGGAUGGCUUCCUCGCUUUCAAGGAGACAACUUGGAGAAAAAUAAAGACAUCUAUGCUAGAACACAAAAGUUGGCUGAAAAGCAUGGGUGCUCCCCUGCACAACUAGCCCUUGCUUGGGUUCUUAGUCAAGGUGAUGGUGUUGUACCUAUCCCUGGAACAACUAAGAUAAACAAUCUUGAUGAAAAUAUCGGUUCCUUGGGAGUGAAACUAACUGAAAAAGAUAUGAAAGAGAUUUCCAAUAUAAUACCUACCAAUAUCGUGGCAGGGAAUAAUGCACCGCAUAUUUUCAUCCGCUGCUCAUGGAAAUUUGCAAACACCAGCAGCAAAAGAUAGAAAAAUACCAUCUUAAAUGUUUUUAUGCAUGAGAACUAGUACUCUUUCUAAUUAAUAAUAAUAAUGAACAACACACUGCUGCUACACCAGAGUCCAUAUAGUUUAUGUUUCUGUAGGAUUUAUUAGCGGUGUAACUUGGAGUAGAUAUGGAUCAUGGGAAUGCUGCUUACAAUAUUUACACACAAAGAACAUGAACGAUAACAAUAUUUCAUCUCAUAUUGAAUUUUGGAUGACAUUAAACUACAAUGGAUACAAAGAAAAAGCCU